AUGGCGGACUGUAGACGUGUUCCUCUGCUGCUGCUUUUGAUGUGCAUCUUCUGCUGCGUGCACCAGAACCAGGCCGAAAACAACAAACCCCUGGUGAAUGCGGACAGUGUCCCGAACCCUCCGGGAGGCCCGGUUCCGCCCGCAGUCAACCCUGUGGUCGCGGACAGGAGCCUGGGAGCCGGGGCCUCGCUGCAGCGGAAGCGCUCCACCGGCUGGAAGUUGGCGGAGGAGGCGGUUUGCAGAGAGGAUCUGACCCGGCUUUGCCCCAAGAACUCGUGGAAUAAUAAUCUGUCGGUGCUGGAGUGUCUGCAGGACAAGAAGGAGGAAACUGAGAUUUCUGCAGAAUGCAACCAUUUGUUGUGGAAUUACAAGCUGAACCUGACCACUGACCCCAAGUUUGAGUCUGUCGCUGUUGAAGUCUGCAAGAGCACCAUCGCUGACAUCAAAGAGUGCGCGUCGGAGGAGCUGGGGAAGGGUUACCUGGUCUCCUGUUUGGUGGAUCACCGCGGCAACAUCAGCGACUACCAGUGCAAUCAGUACAUCCACAAAAUGACCAGCAUCGUGUUCAGCGACUACCGGCUGAUCUGCGGCUUCAUGGACAAGUGCAAAGAGGACAUCAACGCCCUCCACUGCGGCUCCAUCAGCACCGGCGAGAAGGACGUCCACUCCCAGGGGGAGGUGAUCGCCUGCCUGGAGAAGGGUCUGAUUCGGGAGGCGGAGGAGCAGCCCGGAGCCCGCGUUAUAAAGGACGAGUGUAAGAAGGCCAUCAUGAGAGUGGCAGAGCUGUCAUCAGACGACUUCCACCUGGACCGCUACCUGUACUUCUCCUGUCGGGACGACCGCGAGCGCUUCUGCGAGAAUACAUUGGCAGGAGAAGGACGAGUUUACAAAUGCUUGUUUAACCAUAAGUUUGAAGAGGCGAUGACUGAGAGGUGCCGAGAGGCGCUGACCACCCGACAGAAGCUGAUCGCUCAGGACUACAAAGUGAGCUAUUCUCUGGCCAAAUCCUGCAAGUCUGACCUGAGGAAGUACCGCUGCAGCGUGGACACCAACAUGCCCCGAGCCCGAGAGGCGCGUCUCUCCUACCUGCUGCUGUGCCUGGAGUCUGCCGUGCACAGAGGUCGUGUGGUCAGCGGCGAGUGCCAGGGGGAGAUGAUGGACUACCGCAGGAUGCUGAUGGAGGACUUCUCCUUAAGUCCAGAGAUCGUGCUCCACUGCCGCAGUGAGAUCGAGAGCCACUGCUCGGGCCUGCACCGCAAAGGCCGCACCCUGCACUGCCUCAUGAAGGCGGGCCGCGGGGACAUCGCAGCCAUCGACGCCAACUGCCAAAGAGCGCUGCAGACCCUGCUCCAGGAGGCCGACCCGGGGGCAGACUACCGGAUCGACAGAGCUCUGAACGAAGCGUGCGAGUCAGUCAUCCAGACUGCGUGCAAACACAUCCGCAACGGAGACCCCAUGAUCCUGUCGUGUCUCAUGGAGCACCUCUACACAGAGAAGAUGGUGGAGGACUGUGAGCACCGGCUGCUCGAGCUCCAAUACUUCAUCGCCAGAGACUGGAAACUCGACCCCAUCCUGUACAAGAAAUGCCAGGGCGAUGCGUCCCGCCUGUGUCACACUCACGGCUGGAACGAGACCAGCGAGAUGAUGCCUCCUGGAGCCAUUUUCUCCUGCCUGUACAGACACGCCUACCGCUCGGUGGAACAGGGCCGCAGGCUCUCCCGGGACUGUAAGGUGGAGGUGCAGAGGAUUCUCCACCAGAGGGCGCUGGAUGUGAAGCUGGACCCGGAGCUGCAGAAGCGCUGUAUGACCGACCUGGGGAAGUGGUGCAGUGAGAAGACGGACGCAGGACAAGAGGUGGAGUGUCUGCAGGACCAUCUGGAAGACCUGGUGUUGGAAUGCAGGGACAUGGUGGGAAACCUCACCGAGCUCGAGUCAGAGGAUAUCCAGAUUGAGGCACUGCUGAUGAGGGCUUGUGAACCAGUUAUCCAGUCACACUGUCACGAGGUGGCAGAUAAUCAGGUCGACACUGGAGACCUUAUGGAGUGUCUGGUCCAGAACAAACACGAGAAGGAGAUGAAUGAGAAGUGUCUGGUGGGAGUCACUCACUUCCAGCUGGUUCAGAUCAAAGAUUUCCGUUUCUCGUACAAGUUCAAAACCGCCUGCAAAGAAGAUGUCCUCAAGCUGUGUCCCAACAUCAAGAAGAAGGUGGACGUGGUCAUCUGCCUCAGCACCACCGUGAGGAACGACACGCUGCAGGACGUCAAAGAGCAGCGCGUCUCUGUCAAGUGUCGCAAACAGCUGCGAGUGGAGGAGGUGGAGAUGUCUGAGGACAUCCGACUGGACCCAGAGCUGUACGACUCCUGUCAACCGGACAUCAAGAGGCUGUGUCCAAACGUCAACUACGGCAACGCACAGGUCAGGGUCCCCUCUGCAGCCGCAUCAAACCACAACCCUUCUGUUUUUAACUCUCACGCCUCACAAUCUAACGAAUGCGAACGACAGAAGUGA